UGCUCUCCUCACGGAGGGUGUGUCCAUACGGAAGUUUUAGUAAUGGAAGAGCAGGUUUUUCUGGUCUCCAGUGGACAUUGAAAAGACGCGCCCGUGGCUCCGUUACUCCACUCAUUCUAGAGGAUAGCGGGAGCGCGACCAUGGCAGCGGCCACGCAGCAGAUGUCUAGUCUGCCCAGCGGACUCCGGGUCUGUACCACUGUACCGGACAUCCUCUACCUGCCAGAGCUGGUGUUUGGAGGGCUGGUAUGGAUCCUGGUGGCGUCCACACUUGUGUCACCGCCAAACCCUCAAGGAUGGGUGAUGUUUGUAUCAAUCUUUUGCUUUGUGAUGACCUUCGUCUGGCUCAUCAUCUUCGCCUGUGGAGGGCACAAAAACAGCAGCGCCUGGGCUACAGCGGACUUUAUUUAUCACCUGAUUGCUGUUGUGUUCUAUCUGAGCGCCUCAGUGAUCCUGGCCUAUAUUACCACCAUCUUCAAAAAUUCAGUACUGGUUGACCAGUACUAUAAAAUCGACAUUGCAGCUGUGGUGUUCUCGUUUGUUACCACAUUGCUUUACUUCAUCCAUUGCAUCCUUUCUGCUGUGCGAUGGAAAUCCUUCUAAUCAAAGAAUCUGAGAAAUAGAAAAAUAAUCUGACAUAAAUCGUUUAAUAAAUAGUAAAUAAACACUGGAAAACCACUGGGGCUAAAAAGACGAAUAUCAGGGGUCAGUCCUGAGCGACCUCUACUCAGAAACACAAACGCAAUCAUGAUGGAUUAAACCCACUUAUACUUUCCAUACUAGAUUAUUGCAGCCUAAUUACUUUUCUAAUGAUGAUGCAUUCUUAUAUUUGGGGGAAGGGAACAUUUUGAAAUGCUAUCUGUACUUGUACAAUGAUGCUCAGUGUAUAUGUGGAUGAAGAAAUAAUGUGGGUUUUGUAUACUGCUUGUACCUUUGUAACAGAUAAAUCAAUUUUUGUAUAUUUAGCUACUACACACCAUGAACAACAUAUUUUAAUAAAAGAAUAUGAACUGGACAGAA